GGCUACAGAUCUAGUAACUAUAAUUAUAACCUCUUCUAAACAUCUCUUUAAUAUAAUGAUUCAUUAUACAUAAGCCACGUUCAGUCAUGUGUAGGAUACAGUUGCAAGAUGAUACAUAUUGAAGAAUGAACUUGGUAUUAGUGAAUCAUGAGUGACUUUGUCAUAAUUUCGUCUCUACAACGCCCAAGCUAGAGAGAUUGGACAACUCUUGGAGAGGAAGGAGGUCCGUAAUGCAGUCUCCGGGACGACUUCCUAAGAGUAACACGAAAUUCACGUGGUGUUGCACAACUACUUGUAUUUCUCCCCCCUCUCGUAGCAACCAAUACAUCAUGCCUCCAUCACGAUUGUCAACAUCCGUACCAGUGCAAAAAAUCUCUCUCAAAGCAAACCAAAAUGGCCACUCUCGACGCUCUGAAGCGGGCUCUUAGACAAAAAGCUACUUCUCCGACGCAGCCCCUGUCCGACGAACAGUAUAGCGCUGGCUUUGACACCCUGCUCCAGGGCCCCGGAUGGAAGACAUACCAAGACUUUAUUUUUCCCCAGCUAUCCCAAGUGCUGACUCCUCUGCUCAACUCGCGAAUCCGCAUCUCGGUGUUGGAAAUAGGACCUGGCCCCAAGAGCGUGCUUGGUUAUCUGCCUGACGAUCAAAGACGCAAGAUCAACAAGUACGGUGCGUUCGAGCCAAACGACUUAUAUGCCACAGAAUUACAAGAAUGGCUGGAGACAGAAUCUCCGCUCCCCUGUCUGGAAAGCCUGCCCGACAUCCAUCGAGUGCCUUUUACUCUGGACAGCGCCGUCACUGAUGCAAAUGAUGGCCAAGAAAAGUUCGACGUCGUUCUCUUCUGCCACAGUAUGUAUGGAAUGAAACCCAAGCGCAGCUUCAUCGAACGAGCACUAGAAAUGCUUGCUGUGCAACCCGAAGGCGGGGUGGUGGUAGUCUUCCAUCGUAAUGCUGUGGACUUUGAUGGCCUAGUGUGCCAUAAAACGGCUUCAUUCCCUUCUGGAACCGUUUGUGUUGCAGAUGAUUAUAAGAUGCUGGAUAUCUUUUCCUCUUUCAUUGCGGGCUUUGUCAUGCAAGACAAAGACGCGGACGAGGCUGUCCACGUCGAAUGGCGUAAGGUGUGUCGCGACUUGGGUCGCCGUCAGGAAGCUCACCCAGGUCAUCUCUUCUUUAGUGCACCUGAAGUUAUGAUGGCAUUCAAUCAUCAUGCCACCAUGUUGCCGGAACUCACAGCGCAAGUGUCGUUGGUGAAAGAGGAGAGGAUUGUGAAGAACUGGGAGGCUCGAGCCCACCGUCCCGCUUCAAUUCUCAGGCCGACGAAGAUCCAACAUGUCCAAAAAUGUGUUCAAUGGGCUUUGAAGCACAGAGUUGGUUUGACUGUCAUCGGUGGAGGUCAUAGCGGCCACUGUCUUUGGCCCAACGUUGUCGCACUUGACAUGGAAGCUUUUGAUCAAGUACAUGUUCAGGGUCCUACAGAUAAUGGGAUAGAACCCGACUUUAAUUCUGGCUCCUUGAUUAUAGCCGGGGCCGGCUGCAAGACGGGAGAUAUCGUUCGUGCUGCCAUGGCGGCGAGUUUAACAGUGCCUCUCGGAGCUCGUCCAAGCGUUGGCGCUGGGUUAUGGUUACAAGGCGGCCUCGGGCAUCUGGCCAGACUUUAUGGUCUUGCAUGUGAUUCCAUUGUCGGUUUCAUAAUGGUGAGCGUUGAUUCGGCCCAGAUCCUGUGUGUUGGACAUGUACCAAAUGAAUAUUGGCCGACCAGUGGUGUCCGCCCGGAAAACGAAGCCGAAUUGCUAUGGGCAAUGAAAGGUGCUGGAAGCAACUUUGGCAUCGUGACGAGCGUCAUUUUUAAAGCGUAUCCGGCCCCAGUCUAUACAGUUCGAAACUGGAUUGUCUCACUGGAUGAUGACUUUGAAGCGCGGCGUAGACUCACCGAAUUUGAUAGGCUCAUCGCCAGCAAUCUUCCUCGAAACUGCUCUGCAGAUGCGUAUCUGUAUUCCGAUGCUGGACGGUUGCAGCUUGGCAUUACCAUGAUUGAAGCUUCUGCGACUAAGUCAGUCUCAGAAACCCCUACACUUGCUGAUACAAUUCUAGAGGCAGAAUGCACUCUCAAGGUCGUAGACAGCGUCGGCUUGUUUGACGCCGAGAUGUACGUGUCCGGAAUGCACGGAGGACAUGGAGGCGGCAAGACAUCCUCGUUCAAGCGGUGUCUUUUCUUGAAAGAUAUUGGAGCUGCAGACGUGUCUGCAAUCUUGGUAGCAGCUGUCGAGUCUCGUCCCACGACACUCUGCUAUCUUCAUCUGCUGCAGGGCGGAGGAGCGGUUGCCAAUAUGGUUCCCGACGCCACGGCUUUCGGUUGUCGUGACUGGGAGUUUGCCUGCGUUAUCACCGGCGUCUGGCCUCGUCACCAAGAUGGAACCGAAACUGCUCAAGCUACUGUACAAUGGGUUUAUCAUGUUGCCCGGACUCUGUUGCCCCUGGCUAGAGGAGUUUACGGUGCAGAUCUCGGACCGGACCCCAGAGAUGCGGAUCUAGCGGAGAAGGCUUUCGGUCCAAACCGGCCGCGCUUGGCUCGUCUCAAACGACAUGCAGACCCAUGUAAGGUCUUGAAUUAUGCCUGUCCGCUCCCAGAGGCGCCGAUAGAGCCAAAGCUCAUCGUUCUUGUCACGGGAGAACAUGGUGCCGGCAAGGACUAUUGUGCCGGCGUUUGGGCAUCCAUGUUCAAAACAAGCUCUCCCAACGCUAAGGCACGGGUAGUUAGUAUUAGUGAUGUGACCAAGCGGCAAUAUGCGGCAGCCACUGGUGCUGACUUGGACUCUCUACUCCAAGAUCGUGCCUACAAGGAGCAACACCAGCCAGCCUUGACGGCAUUUUUCCAAGAGCAAGUGCGGCAGCGACCCAAGCUGCCAGAAGAGCACUUUACGAAUGUAGUGCAUGGUGCCAUUGAUGUGGACAUACUGUUGAUCACCGGGAUGAGAGAUGAGGCUCCAGUUGCAGCUCUGUCACAUCUGGUGCCAGACAGCAGAGUGCUCGAAGUCCGUGUCAGAUCAAGAGAGGAGACACGGCGGGCUCGUGGAUGUUGUCAAAUCGGUGAUGGGGUUGUUGAUCAGCUGGUGCUCGAAUCUCAUCUUUUACAACGACACGCCUGGAACCAGGAUCUGCAGCAACUGGCCAACAUGGUGCGUUCGGUACCCGACUUCCCACGCUCAGGUAUCGAGUUUCGCCACCUGCUCGACAUCUCCCAGCAGCCGGGAGGAUUGAAGCUGUGUGUGUCUCUGUUUCGGAGCCACUUCGCCGGUGACUGGAACAAGAUCGAAGCAGUGGUUUGUUGCGAGGCUGGAGGCUUCAUCUUUGCAUCGGCGCUGGCGUCAGAGAUAAAUUUGCCCCUGGUUCUGAUUCGUGAAGCCGGCAAGCUCCCGCCGCCUGUUGUUUCUGUUGUCAAGAGGCCAUCGCACAUUUCGCAUUCGGCAUCCAACGGUUCAAGAGAGAAGAAGAUGGAGAUGGAGCGUGAUGUGAUUCGCAGAGGCGCAUCUGUGCUAGUCGUGGACGAUGUUCUUGCCACGGGUGAGACGCUCUGUGCGGUUGUGCAGCUGCUGGCUGAAGCUGGGGUCAGCGCUGAUCAAAUCAGUGUCAUGGUCGUGGCUGAAUUUCCUGCUCAUCGUGGCCGGGAAUUGAUGCGCAGUUGUGGUUUUGGAAGACUCCCACUUGUUACAGUCAAAAAGUACCUGUACCUACAUCUGGGCUGGAUCAAAAUUUGGCCCGAGCAAGCCACUGCAAGGCUUCAAGUUAUUUCCAAGAGGCAACCUUCGACAAGUUCCAUCAUCCCCAAUACAGCACGUCUAAAUCAAGCCUCUCUUACGCAGCUCUUCACCAUGGGUUCUACCUCACAACCAUCGCAAUCAAGGCCUCCCCUAGAGACCUUGUCUAUCAAGCAGCUUAUUCGGUCGCAUCCCCGGGACAAGCUUCUGGUUCGCCCUCUGGAGUGGACCGGCCGCCAUCUUGAGGUGCUGCAAUGUUCCUUCGAGGACUCCCCACCCCCUUCACCUUCACAAGAACACCUGGACGAAGUGGACAGAAUUCCUGCCAAAGAGUCUAUGUAUACCAUGAAAAAUAUGGCUGCAGGUGACGUCUGGCAAAGCCGCGAAGCUUCCAUCAGAUACAUUGUCGGUUCUGAUGAUUGCCCACUGAGGCCCUACGGGACAGCAAUUGAAUUCCAUUUUGAUGGCCGUUGCGUCAGCAGCCUCCCCUGUCAAGCUUUCACCAACAGGUAUGGUAAUAAGGCUGCCUUUGAGAAGGGCAUGGCGCCAGUCGCCUUGGUCUCCAUCGAUUGCGAGUAUAUCAAAUCCCUUCGCUUUUGGCAGAUGUUACCUAGACGCCACAGCAAGCAAGCAAUGGGAAUACACGAACGCCAUAUAAAAAGAGUUACGCCACCUAAUCGUCUGCAUGAUCCAUACGAAGUAGCCCUCCUGUUGGCAGUUGCAUAUAAUCAACGGUACCGGACAACAUCUUCGAUAUGGUCCAGAGCUACUUUUUGGCCACAGGUGAUAUUGACAGAUCGUGAGGAUGAAUACGUCCACCUCUUUGCCGCACAUAUUUCGUCCAAUUACCUCAACAAAUUUGACUUCAUUUCCCGCCGGCCUGCCAAGUCGGCGCAGCAACCGUUGUUGAUUCACCAUAUCCCCGUGCCGCUAAAGCCAUAUAAGACUUUCCGCCGACGCUUACUCCCAAUCCUGCUUCAUCCAGCUGAUUACUACAAGGGAGGCUAGCCAACAAAUAAGGGGUUAGGUAGAUUAUUAGUAUUACUUUGUAAAACUGCAUAAUAUUUCCAAUAGUUAUAGAGCAAACCUCAACAGCUCUGUCCCUGCAGAUCUCAUCGAUUGUAUAUAUAUAAGACGUCUCGCCACGGCUUUUGAUAGCUAGAUAACCACAAG